AAAUGGCUCCCUAGUGCCAUUACCCAAUUCCACCACUUCACUUCAAUUUUCCUAGGGAAAUAAAAUUUCCACGUCUUGUGUAUUGCGUGUGAUUAUGCACUGUGCAAUAAUUCAUUUGAAAUCUUCGGUUUCAUCCCGAUCUGUAGGUGAGAAGUUCAGCAUUCCAUGUUGAAGUUCACUUUCAGUCUCAACUUCACCCACCUGCUAUCAGAGUCCUGAAGCAUUAGUGCAUGUAUUCACCCAAGGACAGUUUUGCAAUUCAGUGUGCCAGCUUUUUCUUUGUUAACUAUGCCCUCGUUCCGUCAAAAAAUUGCAGGUCUGAUACGGCAGCUCUCCGCUCCCUCAGACACCAGACCUGAGGCCGAUGUUUCCGUCGCAUCCUCUGCUUUUAUACAACAGUACUUGAACAGGAAAGAAGCCCACAGAGAUGAGCCGAAAAUCCUUCAUGGAAGGUCGUACCAGGAGCUUCCAUCCCAAAAAGUGGGUCAACUUUCAUACCCAGUCAUCACAGCAAUGACUGGCCCAGGCGGAGGGUUGACAACGGUAAACCAGCAACAAAGAUGUCUGUCAACGAGUGAUCCAGAUGUGCAUUUCAUCGAUGUUGUUGAUGAUGAAAUCAGCUGCCGAAAUGUCGAUGAAACAGAUCGUCAGUUACGAGAUGCAAACAGUAACUUAUCAACUUUACUACCUCCAUUAUCUUCUAAGUCAAGUCUAGAGUUCCAUCCACUUCAAAAGUCAGACAGUGCUCCUGACGCAUAUAGCAAAAUUAACUUUGAAAUCAACAAAAAUUCAGAAUUGAAGAAAGAAAUUGCAGGUGUCUCUGAGUGGAGUUCAGGGAACAGCAGAGCAUAUGGAGCUUCCAUGACACUCUAUGAGAUGCAUCCCUUGACAAGGGUCCAUGCGGGAGAGCCUAUCGCAGACUGCUUCGCAAUUGUUAGUCGGAAGAACUCUGCAAUUAUAGUGCUAGCGGAUGGGGUAAAUUGGGGACACAAAGCGUCUUUGGCAGCGCGUGCAGCUGUUCAUGGCUGCGUUGAUUACCUGAAUAAAGCCAUAUUUUCAAAACCAACUCAGGGUGUAACCACAACCACUGAUGUGUUUAUUGCCUUGCUAAGGUCCUUCCAUGCAGCCCACACAUUGAUCCUGCAAGAACAAGGCAUGCUCACCACCCUGACAGCUGCAGUAGUUUUGCCAUCAGCAGUUCCAGACAAGUACAUCGUUUGUACGUGCAAUGUAGGGGAUAGCCUAGCGUACGUCUACAGUCCCAAGUAUGGUGUGCGUGAAAUAACGCAAGGCUCUCAUGAUGUGCACUCCAUGCGCGACAUGAGGGAUGCUCUUGGUGCUUUGGGGCCAGUCGACGGUCAGAAUCCAGAAUUGUCUAACCUUACCUUGUCGAUGACAGACGUUUUUCCAGGAGAUGUUGUUUUCCUCACAUCAGAUGGUGUGUCAGACAAUUUAGACCCUGUCGUUGGGAAAUUUGCCGGGUUACCAUCCAUAGAAGCCCAUCAAAGACAUCGGCUAACGUUACUGCGCACUGAAGAUUUAUUGAAACACGGAGUUUCUGGAAAAGGUCCCUCAUGUACUUCAGCCAAGGAGCUAGUGAAACUCCUUUUAGAUUUCGUAACCCACCUAACCGCAGCUAAAAGACGUAUUCUUGAGGAUGUAGAACUCUACUCUGGUGCUGAAGGGAAAGCUCUAAGUCGCUCCGAGCAGCGUUGCAAGCGAAAAGAAAUUUGCGGAAAACUUGCGUUGGUGCCUGGAAAACUUGACCACGCCACUUGUGUAGCAUAUACUGUCGGUGAUGUACAACCAUUCUCCUGAUAUUAUACAUUCCAGUCACUUCUACCUCGGAGGUUAGUUUAAUUUGGCGUAGCCCAAAACUAUAUUGGGUCUGGCCCCAAGCCUGAAUCACUUUUCAAAAUUUUAACCGAUCAAAAAUACCAACUCUAAAGUAGGGUUUCCAAUUUUUGAUCAAAUGUUAAAUGUUUUUAAGCUUUACUUCUGUUAAGAAGUCCAAAAUCCCCAUCUUUGGUAUUCCUAAUCAUUGUCAAUACUUGUGCCUUCUACAGUAUUUAUAUCCAUCAUCGUAUGGAUACGGUCUUUUUUUUAUGAAAAGUUUAUCUUUUUAUUUUUUCUGCGACAAAAAUCACUCUGCCGGAUAUUGCAUUUCAUUUUUUAUUUACAGGGUAUUAAGACCUAUUUAAGAAUCAUCAGUGCUUUUCGAUUCUCAUUGAUGAAUAAAUCAUCACACUUCUCUACCUGUGUCUGGAAAAGACAGAAUUUUUUGCCAAAAGACAGAAUAUUGAUCAUAAGCACUGAAAAAUUCUUUGAAAAUAAAUUCGAUGAUUUCGAAAUUUGAUUAUUCUCUCAGAAGAGUUCAGUAACUUUCUCUAAACUAACUGAACUCACCAAAACAAACUUUGAUGUUGUUAAUUAUUAACAAUAUCAUACUUUGACAGAGAUAAAAUUCUCUUUUCUUACAUCACAGUCUGAAGUUACAAUCGAAAAAGAAAGGAAGUAGGCACAAAAUCAAUUCUGAUUUACUCUAGACUUGAAGUAAAUUUAUCCUGAACUUUCUCUCUUUCUCUUCAUUUUAUCUUCCUCAGACUUUUUUCAGGAUUACCUUUCCAUGUAAUUAUCAGGAUUACCUUUCAGUGUAAUAAUUGUGGUGCUUAAUUUUUAUUUUACGAUUUGCUCAUUAUUUUGGUGCAAAAAUUAAUGUUAGCUUGCAUCUACUGCAUCACGUUACUUUUAUUAUAAACAUCACAAACCAUCUCUUUUUCUAUAUCCUAUGUUACAAUUUUGUAAAACUGAAACUGAAACAUUCAGGAAGGGAAUCAUGUAAUAAUGAUUUUUGGUGUGUAAGGCCCGCAAAAAUUGUAAAAUCUGCCUAUUGAGAAGUACAAAGCAGUUAUUUGAUCCUCUUUUCUUUAUACAGUAUUCAUUGUGUGUAACUCCUUAUAUCAAUGCUUUUGAAAUCACCAAAAGGCGCCUGUAUACUUCGCGAUCAUUCCACUUUUGUUUUUCAGGCAGAUUUUACAGCUUUGAAUCACACAUUUGUUACCCUAAUGUCAUUUGGACGGCCUCAGCGAAGUCAACCCAACUGCAGAUAAAUUGUCCUAUUCCCUUUCAUGUUUUUUAUUUUUUAACAGAAAACUCAAAAGCAUUCUACUCUAAACUCUAGCCAGUAAUAUUUUCACAAUCUGUAAGAAAUUUAUCAUAAGUUGCAAGACAUUACAUUGCUUAUUUUUCCUUUAAAUAUAGGAAGAUAUUAGACAACGAGAAAUAAUUGCAGUUCAGUUCAUUUUAGUUCAAGCCGUCCAUUUCAUUCUCCAUUAUGUUUGAGUAUUUAGGUUGUUUUGUUUUACUACCUUUCCUCGUUAUGUUUAUAAAUUCAGACACAAAAUGAUACCCUUUUUCUGAGUGUUUUUGUCUUUUUAUUUAUUUAUUUAUUGCUUUAUUUAUUUAUUUUUUUUUUUUUGGUCAAUCAGAUUUUAUUUUGAUAUCAGUGUAUGAUUUAAUUGAUCAGGACAAGAAAAGGCUGAAUUUACUGCUUUCAGUGUACCUAAAAUUCUUCAGAACUCUAAUUGCAUCUUGUUUUUGAGGUCCUCCUCCCCUUUUUUUCCAUUUUGAUGUAAAUUUAGAAUUGCAUGUAGAAAUGAAGCCAUUAUCAACCUGAAAUUUUGAUACCCAUCCGAAAGCCUCAAAAAUUUAACACACAUUCUGAAGCAAAUAAAAGCUCCAAAAGUCUUUGUGGAUUGCGCAGCUGUUCAGAACUUUUAUUUUUAUGAAGAUGUUCCUGCCAAUUUAGCCACUCUUCCGAUGGUUAUUUUAGUAAUGUCCCAUCCAAUGCCAUUUUUCUCAACAAAACCUGUUCCGACCCUGCAACUGAGCUGUAAUUUUUUUUAUUUUUUUUUUUUAAUUACAUAUAGUGUUUUCAAAUGUCUUUAUCCUAUUUUUCUGUUGAAAAGAAACCUCAAUGCCUUCAAAACAGGGCCCAAUGUAUGUAUCUUUUAAUUAUGUAAUUACCUUUCUCCUUUAUUGCUUCAUAGUUGCAAUCAUGUUAGGUAUUUGGAUCGUGCAGAAAGUGUCGAAUUUGCUGUUUAAUGUGGUCCAACCCUCUUUUGAAGGAUUCAUUGAUUUAUUUAUAUUUUUACCCAUAUUUUUGUUUUAUUUUAUUUUAUUUUUUACUCUUUCAUUUAAUUAUUUUAUUUUUUAUGUGCUAAUUGUCAAUUUUUGCCGGAUACUUUGCUGUCUCGCAUAAUUAUAUGUCUUCAUGGGGGAUUGUAACCAAUGUUUUAAGCCAAUUCUUCAAUUUCUUCGAUUUACUAUUAACUCGAAUACUUUUUAUUUGCUUGACUUUAGUUCAACAAUCGUAGAGCUGCAUUAGGUGUUAAGAUACUGUUCAUGGUUUCAUGUUUGCAUUAACAGGACUAGAAGUAGGAACUUCAUCACAGGGAGUUUUAAAGGAGCAAGAAAUUUCAAAUACAGGACUUGUAUUUGCAAACUUAUUUUACCCCUGCACAAGUCUGGUCUGAUCGUAGUAUGAACCUAGUUUGAGCUUUUUUUCACCCUUUUAAUCACCUGAAAUUCUAAUCCUUCAUUUUUAUAAGCUGUACCCGAGGUAUUUAGCUAGUGAGAUUCUUUAAAUAACAAGAGUCAUUUAAACAUUGUCUCUAUCUUUAAGUCCAAUCUUACUCGCGAGUUUUUGAAUAUUUAUAUUUUUAUGAAAUUCUGUGAACUUCGAAUAAAGUUUUCAGAAAACCAUUUACAUCACACACAAUAGAUAAACACUUUUGCUUUUUGCCUUUAUGGUAAUGGAGGUUUUUCUACCAGUUAAAGUGAAUGUUAGUGCUUCAAUGCUUGAAGUUCAGUUAGUUUGUAGCUCGUCCUCCAUGAAUUGUUAAUGUUUGCUGGGAAGACGCUUACAUCGUGUAAUAUUUUUGGUUUGUUCAGUUGUUGAUUUAUUCUAAUGUUUUACGGUUGAUUGGUCUUGUGAAACAAGCAAAUAAAUAAUUCUAUUAUUA